AUGUCCUCGACGCGCUCCGCUCCCUCGCGAAAGAAACGAAGUUCCACAUCGACCACUCUGGGCAUCCUCAAUAGCUUGAAGAGACCCAAAGCCACCGAUGAACGCGGAACGCAAAGUGCUCGCCCUGCUCGUCAAGUGCGCAAUGUCCCUAGAGCCCCGCGGAGAGACCUUUUUGACAUACCGCGAUCUCCUGGACCUGCACCGUCGCGAAGCUCGGCUAUUCAAUCAUCACCGUUGACCGCUGUUGAGCCGCUGAAUCGGCGGAAUACGCGCGCACUGCCGGAUAUCUGGGACAAUCCGUAUGAAGAAUAUGAUGAACCGAGUUUCUCUCUUGAACCAUCGCAAAGUCCAUCGCAAAGUCCAUCGCAAAGUCCAUCGCAAAGUCCAUCGCAACGUCCAUCGCAAAGUCCAUCGCACAAUCCAUCGCACAAUCCAUCGCACAAUCCAUCGCACAGUCCAUCGCAAAGCCCAUCGCAGAGUCCAAUCGCCGACUCAUUGCCGCCUGUCGCUCCUGAGCCCAGCGCACAUCGUUACUCUACGCGCCUAAGAGGUGUACAAAUUCAGAAUGAUGUACAGAGCAGUCCGCAUCGGACGUCAACUCGAGCUAAGCGAGCAGAGAUCGACUACCGUGAAAACGAAGAAUAUAUUGAGGAAGGGGAGUCAUAUCAGGCCUACGAGGAAGUUGACGAAGAAUCUGCGAGCGAGACCGGUGACCGAGAUAGUGUCUCGGGAGAAGAGGAUAACGAUCCCCUCAAAAUUGAACUCUUCUCAGAUGAAGAGGGAGACAUGACACCUUCGGCUCUCCAGCUUGGUGAGACUCUUAAACAGAGUGGGCAGUUCGAGUCGGCUUCAUCCACCCCUGCUAUUAAGAACGCAACUUUCCAGCGAGUUGCCAAGUCGAGCACCGAGAGUCCAAGAGUCCCGCAGAGUGCGGCGAAAUCGCACAAAUCUACUCCAACGGCGGCAGCACGAAACCCUUCGGUGGUGAUUAGCAGCCCUAAUAAAGUCCCAGAGACACCUCUAUCAAGGCGGCAAACGCGGAUUCGACCACAAACAUCGCAAGUACAAGAUGAUGAAGGUGACGUGGAAAUGGAUGAGCGCGCGGACAGAACAUUGAAUCGAGAUAGCGAUGUGGAAAUGGACAGCCGUGAUGACUUGGUAGUGGAGGACGGCGAUGAUAUUGGCUCUGAUGAUGGAGUUGAAGAUUCGGCGAAUCCAAAUGAUAGCUCCGACUCAGAUCUCUUUGUACGCCAGGACUCUCCGGAACGCCCCUCUUCGCCGACCACACGGUCUAAGAGUAGGAAAUCCCCGCAGGUAGCGAGUGGUCAAGUGGACCAGUCUGGCAAAUCAGUCCAUGCGCCAUCAUUAUUUUCAGAAUUUCCGGAGGCCUCGGAACCUCGUCGAAGACAGCCCACGGCAAAGGAUGCUCCGAGCGGACCACUACGGUCUGGUCGACUGAAUACGCAGUUGUCUGCCAACAUUGCGUCGAUGACUCGACAAUCGCCAGAGGAUUUGAGGUCCGGUAGAAGACGAUCGUCCCCGCAGAACUCACCGAGCAGCGCAACGCGGUCUGAUCGAAUGAAUGCACUUUCCACUGCCGACCGUGAGUCGGUGACUCGAGAAUCCACAGAGACUUCAAUGUCCCUCUUGCAGGACGCACCCAGAAGACGGCGGCAGUCCGAUGACAAUCAUGCAACUCAAUUGCACCAGUCGCCUCCAACACGCUCGACAAGCAGCUCUGCCCUUGAAGAACCGAGUGGAGCUCUAACAAGUCGGAGAAUACGGGGCCGACGCAGUCACUUGGUCUUGAAUUACACCGAUCACGAAAGCCCUGAACCAGAAAGCGGCUACCCUCAGAACAAAGAGGCCAUGAAACUAGGACAGCAACGGCAAAACCAGUGGAAAAUUCUCAUCCGCGAGGCGCACAGAAUGAAAAAACCUCUGGACCUGGCUUGGAGAGCACAGUUCGGGGAUAUUAUGGAGCCGAUUGACUAUCUACAACAGUGGUAUGAGGGGCUAUAUCAGCUUCCGGGGCCAGACCGAGCCUUGUGCACAAAGGAUGCACGUAAGCACGAGAGAUUGCUCAACGUUAUCUUGGAUCAGAGCAAUCGAUUACUAGACUAUGUUUAUGAUGCGGUUGUCGUGGACGGUAAACAGAAACAGGGAUGUAAGCUGUUCCAAAGAUUCGAAGCCUGCGUCCUACCAGCUAUCAUAGAGCUGGCUUUCGCCAUAUUUGACGCAUACCACUCAGAUCCUAAGCAAUUCUCUGAGAUAUAUGAUCAUCUCCAUGGUGCUUUGUCGGUGCUUCACUAUCUUUGCGAUCGGAUGACGAUCCUGACCAAGGAGCGAUAUGUCCGCUCCGACAAGACGCGAACCAAAAGUCUGCUGCGCCCCUUGCAAAAACUUAUGGAAGCUUCGGAGUCGGGCUUGCUUAAACCCAACGAGAUCCAGUUGCCCGACCGAGAUGUCGAAGAGGUCGUGUCGUCCGAUGAGGACACGCCAGUGUAUCUGUCCCGAACGCCGUUCACGGAUACUGAAGGUCGUGCUCUUAUGGAUGGCUUGUUCAAGCAUCAGGGUCCAGAAAGAUACAUCCAUAUCAUUAGGGAUUACAGCGAUGAGCUGGAGGGCAGAGCUAUAAGCGAGCUACGCGCCGAGGCACAAUAUCCUCGUGCAGCUAGCUCAUUGAGUGCCUCGGUUUUGCAAUUGGACGUUAGCAACGUGGUACGGGUACCUAUACGCGCAAUGUCGUCUGUGGAGGAACCUGUCGCCUCCGCUUCCCCGGCCGAGGUCUAUGCGGAGGAUGUGCCCCCCGCUACCCCCGUGGAAUCAAGUGCUAUCUCUGGCAGCGAGGAACCAGCCACAAGCCCAGAUACUUCCAAGGACAAGGAAAAUGUGAGGGCGUCUCCGGCUAAGAAGACCACAGCAACCACGACCAAGCGUCCAGUGUCCUCCGGAACGUCUGCCACAAAACGACCUACCUCGAUGUCCGGCCUCAAGACCACUCCAUCUAGCACUCGCACCCCAGGAACAAAUGGAAGCACCCUGGGGAAGCCCCCAACUCGCCCGACUACUACAUCUGGGACCAUUCGCAAGCCUCUGAGCACGUCCACUACUUCCUCCCACCGCUCUCGACCAUCACUCAGUUCAGCCGAUGAGAAGUCGCGAUCUGUAGCCAGUUCUGGUGAUGAGAAGCGGGGAAUCACUGGUUCUGCUAAGCGUAUGUCGCUUGCGGGCACCACCACCAGAGCCCCAGUGAAGUCAACGACCUCGACUCUGGAUCGCCGGUCCAGCAUUGCAUCCACCACCGGCGCGCGUACCUCAACUCUCUCCUCGACGAGACCUGCCACCAAGCCGACAACUACGACGACCCGACCCACCGCUUCUACGACGGCUGCAAGAACGACCACAAGACCAACAACAACUGCCACGAAGCGAUUGAGCGCCGCGCCCAAAUCUUCCGAAGAAGAUGCGGCUAAGUUACAAGCUCUUCAGACCCAACUAACGGAGAGGGAGGCUACAAUCGAGAGCCUCAAGGCGGAGCUGAAAGCUGUAAACGAGAAACUGGCACAUGCGCCGAAGGCCGAGUCAGCUGAAGGAACUGAGUCUGAGCAAAAUGACUCCACGAAGGCUCUCCAGGAGCAGCACGCUGCAGAGAUCAGCCAAUUGGUGGCCACUCACGAGGAGCAGAUCAAGGGCUUGCGCAUCCAACUCGAGGAAGCGGAAGCGAGGACGAAGGAGAUCGAGGAGAGGUCCCUGAAGGCUUUGGAGGACGCAUCCCAGGCGGCGGCUUCUCAGGGUGAUGAAAAGCUAUCUGCGGCUCUCGAAGAGCUGAAGAACUCUCAUAAAACCCAGCUCGAAGCUCUCGAAAGCGAGCUCGCAGCACAGAAGGCUGCUGCUGCCGGUUACGCCGAGCAGAUCGACUCUCUUAAGAUCGAACUGCAGUCCAAAUCGGACGGUCUGGAAGCGGCCACCAAAGGGUUCGAGACUGAAAAAGCGUCCGCCCUUGAGGAGUUACGUGCAGAGCUUCAGGCAGAAAUUGAAGAUUUGAAGCAAUCCAAGGCCGAGGCAAUCCGCUCCGCUGAAGAAUCCACCAAGCAGUCAAUUGCGACUUUGGAGGAGAAGGUUAACUCGCUUCAAUCUCAACUUGCAGCGGCCGAGUCCGCCACUACUCAAGGCCAGGAGCAGACCGCCGCCCAGCUUGCAGAGAAGGAGAAGGAGGUCGCCGAAUUGAAGGACGCCGUUAUUGCCGCCCAGGCACAGCUUGAACAGGCAGGGGAAAGUGCCGCAAAGGAUCUUGACGAGAAGCUGAAGGCUCUCGAAGCUGGUCACGAAGAUACGAUUGCCAAGCUCAAGGCACAUCAUGACGAGGCUCUAGCUUCUGCUGCCAGCUCGCACGCCGAUGAGCUUGCCAACGCAAAUGCUGCUACGGAAUCUCUCAAGGCACAGCAGGACGAGGCUUUGGCUUCUGCUGCCAGCUUGCACGCCGAUGAGCUUGCCAACGCAAAGGCUGCUACGGAAUCGCUCAAGGCACAGCAUGACGAGGCUUUGGCUUCUGCUGCCAGCUCGCACGCCAAUGAGCUUGCCAACGUUAAGGCUGCUACGGAAUCGUCCGGCGCAGCCCAUGCGCAGCAACUCGAAGAACUGCGUGCCUCUCUUGACAAGGUCAAGGAGGAUGCAGUAAACGAGCUACAGGCUACCCACCAAGGUGAAUUGCAGUCUCUGCAGCAGAAGCUUGAUGAUGCCGAAGAGUCUCUUCAGAAGACCCGCCAGGCUCUGGAGGAGGGCGCAACCGCUGCCCAAACCCAAGCAAUCCAGGAGAUCGAAGCUCUCAAGGAUAAGUGCAACACGUUAGAAUCACAAUUAUCCACUGGACAAGAAGAAAUCAAGGCCCUCCAGGGCGAGAUCCAGGCCAAGCAGGAGCAAGCUGACACACUCCAGCAGAAUCUUGUCACGUUCGAGACUAAGCUAAAAGCCAAGGAUGCGGAGCAGGAAGGUGAAAUCAAGGCUGCUCAAGAACGCGCUGCAGCGGCAGAGAGGGCUCUAGAGGAACAGAACCAGAGAGCCGAUGCUCUGUCUGAGGAACAUGCCAAGACGCUGGAAGCGUUGAAGGCCGAUCAUGCUGCAGAACUUGACAGAGUCAAAGCUGAUGCGUCCGGAUCGCUGCAGCAGGCGCUCGAGGAACUUCAGUCCAAGUACAAUGAAUUGCUGUCGAACAACAAUGACUUGGAGACCACCCAUGCAGGCAAGAUUGAGGCGCUCGAGACUGAACUUAAGUCUACCAUGGAGCGCGUUGCCUCGCAGAGUGCCGCCCAUGCAAAGGAGCUUGCUGACCUUCAACAACAGCAUGAGGAAGCCAAGUCCAAGCUGCAAACCGAACUACAAGCAUCACUGAGCUCCAAGGCUGCCGAGGCAGACUCCGAGCACAACAGGGCCAUUGAGGAGCUCCUCACGCUCCAAGAAUCCAAGCUUUCCGGCCUUCGCGCAGACCUGCAAUCCUCGCACGAAGCCAAGCUUGAUGAGCUUCGUACGGCCCACGAUGCUUCUCUUGCAGACCUUACUACUCAACUCACUACCGCUCAGUCCGCCGCUCAGGAUACUUCCAUUGUGGAUGGUUUGAAGGAAGCCAUUGCCGAGCUGGAAAAGAAGCUGGCCACUGCCGAGCAGUCCGCCACCGAUUCCAAGACACAGCAUGCCGCCGAGCUUUCUCUUAUUGAAAAGGACAAGAAUGAGUGGGAGCAGAAACACCAGGCAACGACCGCUCGUGUCGAAGAGCUUGAGAGGCUUUUGGCCGCUUCUCAAGGCACCCAGUCGGACUUGGAGACCGCGUCGAAGCAGAUCCUCGCCACUCAGGAGGAGCUGUCGCAGCUCCGGACCAAGUAUGAUACUGUUGCCAAACAACUAGACGAAUCAAGGUCGCACAACACUGCGACUGAGCAAAGGCUUGCCCAGGGCGAAAAGGAACUGAAUGCUCAGAUCGACAAAAACAUGAACCUUCUCAACCAGCUGGGUGAAGUCGAGUCGUCCAUCCACGGCAGCCGCAAGCAUAUUCGAGAACUUGAAGCCGAACUGGCAGCUCUGAAGGCUGAUAAGGACACAUUGAAGCCAAUCAACGUGGGGUUGGAAGGCAGCCGAUGGGCAACAGAUGAUGAGUCGCCGGCCGCCGAGAAUAAUCAGGCAGCCACAGUGGAAGGUGAGGACAUUGGUUCAUCGAUCGAGGGAACGAUGGCCAGCAUCCAGGAACAGCUUAAACACAUUAGGUCAGCCAAUGACGACUGGUAUGACGAGCAUCGUCGACUCGUUGGCGAACUAGCACAAGUGUCACGACGAGCGACGCCCAAUCCCCCCAGCCAGUCUGCGACACCACAGCCCGAAACGGCGAUCGAGGUCGCCUCGCAAUGA